GCGGCGGCGGCGAGCGGAGCACCGACAAGGCGCUCACCUCUCCGGGCGAACUGCAGCACGACCGGCCCCCACGGGCGGCCGGCGUCCGCGCCGCAGCCGCCGCCUCCCUCGGGCCAGGACUGCCGCGAGAGGCGGCGGCGGCGGCGGCGGCCUCCGGCCCGGCCCCGGCCGGUCCGCUGCGCCCCCCGGCCGCGCCUCCGCGCGCAGCUCGCGGCCCCGGCCAUGGGGCUGGGCGGAUCCGGGGCUCGGCCGAGCUGAGGCGGCGGCGCCUGCCUGCGCGCCCCUUGGGGCCACCGCCGCACCCGGCUCGCCGGCGCCUGGCUCUCAUGAUGAUGAAGAAGAAGAAGUUUAAGUUUAAGGUGGACUUCGAGCUCGAGGAACUCUCCUCGGUGCCCUUCGUCAAUGGGGUCCUCUUCUGCAAGAUGCGGCUGCUGGACGGCGGCAGCUUCACGGCCGAGUCCUCCAGGGAAGUGGUACAAGCAAACUGUGUUCGCUGGCGAAAGAAAUUCUCAUUUAUGUGCAAAAUGAGUGCAAGUGCCACCACGGGCAUCCUAGAUCCUUGUGUCUACAGAGUGUCUGUGAGGAAGGAAUUAAAAGGUGGAAAAGCAUAUGCAAAGCUGGGCUUUGCAGAUCUAAACCUGGCAGAGUUUGCUGGAUCAGGAAAUACCACCCGUCGCUGUUUACUGGAAGGCUAUGAUACCAAAAAUACAAGACAGGAUAACUCCAUUCUUAAAGUUUUAAUAAGUAUGCAGCUGAUGUCUGGUGAUCCAUGUUUUAAAACACCUCCAUCUACAUCAACAUCUAUACCAAUUGCUGGUGAGCCUGAGUUUCUGCAAGAAGAUAGGAAAGGUGGAGAGACCCUGAAAGUCCAUCUUGGAAUUGCAGAUCUUUCAGCAAAGAGUACCUCUGUUCCAGAUGAACUCGGUGCCUGUGGACAUUCUAGAACAUCAAGCUAUGCAAGCCAGCAGUCAAAAGUAUCAGGGUAUAGUUCAUGUCACUCCCGGUCAUCCAGUUUCUCUGAGCUGUGCCACAGAAGAAAUACCUCAGUGGGAAGUACAUCAACAGGAAUUGAAAGUAUUCUAGAGCCAUGUGAUGAGAUCGAGCAAAAAGUAGCUGAACCCGAUCUUGAGACAGCUGAUAAAGAAGAUGUGGCUGCAGAAAAAUUUUCAAGAUGCCCAAUGAAACAAGAUUCUGUGGAAUCUCAGCUGAAGCGAGUUGAUGACACCAGAGUGGAUGCUGAUGAUAUUGUAGAGAAAAUACUGCAAAGCCAAGACUUCACGCUGGACUCCAGUGCAGAAGAAGAAGGACUGAGGUUGUUUGUGGGUCCCGGGGGAAGAACAACCUUUGGCAGUCAUCAUCUUCCAAAUAGGGUAGGAUCUGGUGCUUAUGAACAAGUCGUGAUCAAACGCUAGAAGCCACCCUGAUCAACAGAAGCUUCCCAUUUGUCCACUGGAUGUGGACAGUUGCUGUGUCCAGGCAUUUUCUUCAAGCACUUCAGAGAAAAUGAAGCUGUGUUUGUGAAGCCAAGGCUGAUUUCUCCUUCCCAGGCACCCACCAGCCAUGCUCCCCCGCCUGCGGGAAGGGAGCAUGGGAUGCGAGGCUGCAGGCAAGGUGCGCAGGCGCGCCUGGUUCCUGUGGUCCCGCACGUGCUGCUGGGAAGCUUUUUUUCUUUGAGCUGAACGCAGUGAGGAAAUCAGCACUUGUCUGUGACAGAGGUUCUCAACACAUGUGGGCUCCAUGUUUUUAUUUCAGUUUGACAUUUGAGGGGCAAUAGAAAUUGUAAUUUGAACCCAAUGAAUUCUUGUCGAGAUAGUUGUAUACUCCUGUUAAGCAAAUCCUCUGUAUUAUACUACCUACAGUAUUGUACUAAGUUUAUUUUAACUCAUUUUGAUGCAAUAAUUGAUAAAUAUGUCAGUGUUCAUAUUUUGGGGAAGUGUUAUACUAAAGUCUAAACAUGCAAAAUGCUUAAUAAUCAUUCUAAAUAUAGCUGUCAUACAUCAAAAUGACAAACAGUUUAAGUCGGAGACAAGCUAGUGAGUGUAAAGCAGUUACUAUGCAGUGUAUGCUAUUGCUUCUUGUUAAUGUUAGGCGAGCUGCAGAGCCCCCCACCAGCAUGGCUUUUGUAAGAGAGUCAAAACAAGUUUACUAGUCAAUGUUAGGCUACCAUAUAAGGCAUUCAAACAGAAGAACUAUUUUAAAUCACUGACCAUUAAGAUGUGCAGGCUUCAAACAUCAGAAUUCUGAACAAGAGGGAAAUUGUGGUAUGAUCUAAAACUAAGCAGCUUUCUUUAAAUUCAGCCCUUUCUGAAAAAUGAAAAUUAUUCUGACACAGGAGUGGGGACAAGACAGGCCACGGCUGCUUGGCGCUCCUGGCACAGGGCAGAAGUGACCACUUAAGUUCCUGUGGCCAGACAUCACUUGCAUGUUUCUUCUUGCAUAGUGUAACUGGUAUGUUUUUUAGGCAAGAACAAAAUACAACAGAGCUUCUAAAAUCAACAUGUGGUCCAGAUUCCGUUUAAUUGGACAGCAGAUAGGCCUUAGGAGUUUUUCUGAUCUUACAACAAUUUCCAUGUGGAAAGACCUAACAUUUCCUUAGAAAUCACGCAGCCAUUAAAGAAACGUAGAGGCUGUAAAACUAGUAAUUCGCAAUCUUCACUUCCAAAAUCAAGCCCAGGAACAAUAUUAAUUCAGAGUAGGAUUCCUUUGGUCAAGGUAUUUUCAUGUUGGUAAGAUAAGAAAAAAUUAUAUUAUUUUUAAUAUUCAAAUAUAUAGAGGUUUAGAAUUUUUUGAAUACUUCCUGUUAGGACUUUUUUAAAAACUAUUUCAAGGAUUGAAUGUUCCACAUUGAUCAAAUACUAUUUUUACAAGUAGAUUCUGAAGUUUCUGAAAAGGUGAUACACCCUGUUUUGAAAUAUUUUGAAUGUUAAAAGCAAGUCUGGGUUGUUAUGCUAAUUAGUUUUAAGAUUUAUUUUGAAGAAAAACAUUGACCUGAACAUUUUAGUCUAACCAAGGAAAAAUAGUAAAGACUUGCUGUUUUCAAAUUAAUUUCAUUAUAUAUUAUCCAUUUAUUAUAUAUUAUGGAAAGUCAAAGAAAGUUUUUAAUAGAGAAAUGCAGAUAAUGUUUAAAGGAGAUAUUUAUUAUUGACUUUUUAAAGGCAUAUUUUUCUAUUUUCAAAAUUUUAGUUCUAGGCUCUUUUCAUUGGCACUUCUACAAAUGCCCUUAUUGUUUUAAAAAUGAUAAAACUCAGUUAUAACUGGGGCUCACUGGCGGGGUGGGGAUUGUCUGAAAUAUAAAAGGUGCUGUGGCCAGACAGGAUGUUUGUCUGCUCGUCUACUCAUCCUUGGCCAACCUUGGCCUGGUGGGAGACUGACUCUCAUUAUUCAGAAUGGUACAGAAUUCUGCAAAUGUGUAGAGACUCUGAAAAGCAUAAACAUCACGACUCUACCAAUUUAGCAGCUACUAGCUAAACUGAUUUAUGUAGUGGUAAAUAUGAAA